AUGGAAGCCAAGCAGUCCAAGGAGGAGGAGAUGAAGAGACAGGUGAGGAAGAGUGCCGGGCGUGAGGACAGCUUGACGUCGGUGGAGCGGAUCCCCAACCACACAUACAAACAGUGGGGCUACAGCAGGCUGAGCCUGGCCCGUCUCAGCCUCAAGGAACCCCCAGAGGAACUGUGGGAUGUGCCGAAGCUUGAGAAGCUCAAUCUGUCGUUGAACUGCCUACGGGCUCUGCCCCCCACCCUUAGCAUCCUCAGCAACCUGGUGGUCCUCAACCUGUGGGGGAUCCAGAACCAGCUGACCAGCCUACCCCCGGAGAUCGGCCAACUCAGGCACCUCCGUGUCCUGUUCUGCUACAGCAACCAGCUGACUGAGGUCCCAGAGGAGCUGGGAAACUGCACUAGGCUGGAGGUCCUCAGCCUGACCAACAACAAGAUAUCUGGCCUCCCCGCUUCCUUCGCCAGCCUGAUCUGCUUGCGCAAACUCAACCUCAGCCACAACAAAAUUGUUCACAUCCCCGGCUGCAUCUACACCAUGAAGAGUCUGGUGUUCCUCCACCUGGCCUGCAACAGGCUGGAGUGCAUCGCCGAUAGCAUCGCGGCGCUGGUGGAGCUCAAGAUCCUCAUCGUGGAGGGGAACGAGAUCCACUCGCUCCCCAAGAUUAUCUGCUGCCUGACGCGCCUGGAGCUUCUCAAUGUGGACUUCAAUGACAUCCAGAACGUGCCCCAGGAGAUGCACCAGCUCAGCAGGCUGGAGAAGCUGGCCUGCCACCCCUUGGAUAAGGAGCUCCACAUCAUGCAAAACCCCUUGCAGGAGCAAAUCAAAGAAGUGCUGGAAGGAGACCUCACCACCCUGUUUAAUUAUCUCAAAUCUAAUUGAGACUGUUCCACAGAAGGAGGGAAAACUCCUGGUCUUGAUCCGUGUGCAUUUCAUCUGGGGACCCACUUUUGGUCUCCAUAAGAGAACUAAUGUACUUCCAUUGUUGUUGCUCAUGAGUAGGAUAAGAUUUUGGAGUGAUCCUCAACAUGCAUGAGAAAAUGGUGAGAAAAAGCUUAGAUUACUAUAUUUGAACUUUCUGUAGAUAACGAGACAAUGCAGAAGACUCUGCAACUGUGAUUAUGCUAAAAUGAUUAGGCUACUAAUGAAAUGACUGUAGUCCUGAUUCUAAGGGUGCUUAUAUAGAGUUCUACCUAGCAACUCUAUUAGCAUACAUUGGGACAUGUUAUCCUUAUAAACUCCAUAAAGCAACUUACAAGUGAGUGAAAGGCUCAGUGGAGCUAAACACAUUGUAUUGAAAUAGACUUGGACUGUUGGGAGGCCGGGUUAGAGGAAAUAGCUUAACGUGUAGCGGAGCUCUGACGUCAGAUUCUUCAUACUCUCUACCAGAGGAGUCCAGAGACGGGAAGAGGCCAUGUUUCAGGUCCCGAGUGAGAACACCUAACAAAGCCAGGGGCUGUUUGUUCUUAACAAGCAUUGGAUUUCUCCCUCAUUUGUUUUGUCUUGCUGUUGGGGGAGCGAGCCUGGUCGUUUCUCUGACCUGCUGCAUAUAACUUGUUGAUCCCGGUUGACCUCCACUCCCCCAGCCUCUCGUUUAGCUAUCUAAACUAUCCUUCCAGGAUUAAGAUCGGGAUGCUUCCAUUACAUCAACAAAAAGGUCAGCCUAGAGCCCAGCCGUGUUUGCUGCUGUAGUUACCGACCACGUCGUUUAAGGGCUACAAGCAAAAUGCUUUUGCCAGGCUCCAACCCCAGCCAGCUUGAAGGAUCACAUGCUAUACUGCGCACAGUCAAUGGAACUACAGUCUUAUCGUGGCUAUUGGAUUGACAUCUGGAUUGGAGUAGCAUUUACGUUUUUUAAUGUAGCACCUCAUUGCAUCUGAAGGUAGCAUUUACAAAACCAACCCAAUUAUGUGUUAUUUGCUGCCUGACUGUAAAGGAAGCUAUUUUAAAAUGUAGUCUUAUUGCGUAGGAUUGCCUUUUAGUGUGG